GGCGCAAUGUUUGCGAGCCUGCUGCUCGUCUCCCUGUGUGUCGGAGCAGCGGCCAUGAUUGACAGCCGGCUGGACGACCAGUGGGAGCUGUGGAAGAAGACGCACGAGAAGAAGUACCAAAAUGAAGUGGAGGAUGUGCGCCGCAGGGAAUUGUGGGAGAAGAACCUGAUGCUCAUCACCAUGCACAACCUGGAGGCCUCGAUGGGACUUCACACCUACGACCUCGGCAUGAACUACAUGGGAGACUUGACACAAGAGGAGAUCCUGCAGUCGUACGCCACACUCAUCAUUCCCACCGACAUCCAGAGGGCACCAUCUGCCUUUGUGGGGACAUACAGCGCUGAUGUACCCGACACCAUGGACUGGAGACAGAAGGGCUGUGUCACCAGUGUUAAGAUGCAGGGUUCAUGUGGCUCCUGCUGGGCCUUCAGUGCCGCUGGGGCCCUGGAGGGCCAGUUAGCCAAAAAAACAGGGAGGCUGGUGGACCUCAGCCCCCAAAACCUGGUGGACUGUUCAGGCAAUUAUGGCAACCACGGCUGCAAUGGUGGCUUAGUAUACAAAGCCUUCCAGUACGUCAUCGACAACCAGGGCAUCGACUCGGACGCCUCAUACCCCUACACUGGACAGUUACAACAGUGCCGCUACAACCCGAAGAACCGCGCCGCCAACUGCUCCAGUUACAAAUUUCUGCCUGCAGGGGACGAGAGUGCUCUGAAGCAGGGGCUCGCCACCAUUGGACCCAUUUCAGUGGCGAUCGACGACAUGCAGCCCAAGUUCCAUCUCUACCAUAGUGGAGUGUACGAUGACCCGAGCUGCACCCAGAAAGUGAACCAUGCGGUGCUAGCUGUGGGCUACGGCACACUGAGCGGGAAAGACUACUGGCUGGUAAAAAACAGCUGGGGAAAAUCCUUUGGAGAACAGGGCUACGUCAAGAUGGCACGCAACAAGAACAACCAGUGCGGUAUCGCUCUGUUCGGCUGCUACCCUAUCAUGUAGCUGCAGAGGGAACCAGUUUAAUCUGUUGCAGAAUUAAAGUUCCCUUCCAUUUUAUGUAUACAGCA